AUGGUAGCCCAGCAGCUGGCCGCUGCUUAUCGGGCCUUCUGCACGAAGAUGGUGGAGGCCAACCUGCCGCUCAGCAGAAACAAGACCAAGGCGCUGGCCACCAGCAGCAAACUACGUGAUGCCCUCAAAUGCCAGCCUGGCUGGGACAUCGUGGAGGGCGACUUCGUGGACGUGCACAGGGACCUUGGCGGCGACGCCGUGUCGGGUUCCUACCGACGUGGCUGGAAGCGGGACCUUCUGACGAUCGUCACCAAGACGGCGCUGAUGGCCUGCGUCGAGAUGGUCUGGGCCUCCCUGCCCCCCGAGGCGGCGGCCCGUUCCCGCCUCGCCACUGGCCUGUGCAUCGCUAGUCGGCUGCACCCUUGGCGCCUGGUGAAGGAGCCGAUCAGCGCCUUGGUGCUCACGCUUGAGCGGGUCGGCUGGGGAUUCAUCAACGGCGACCCCUACAGGCUCCACGACGCGCUGGGCCACGAGUAUCAAGUACGUCGCUACUCGCCUGCAUUUUUCGGCCACGUGGUCUUCCUGGACUGCCGACGAGCCAUAGGGCUCGAGGAGGUGAAGCGGCACGGCUCCAGCAUGUGGGGCUGGGAGGUCCCACCCUUCUGGCAGCCGGUCCUCGACCUGGCCAGCCACCGCUCUGAGGUGUGGGACCUGCACCACCAGAGGGCGCUGCGCUGCCUCAUCCAGAGGUUCAGGUGCCAGGCUCAUGAUGGCUGGAGGCGCGAGUUCCCGGGGCCGCCUUUGUGGGAGGCGGCUGCGCGAGCCGAGCUCAUGGGCCGCCCGUUCACGGAGCUGUUCGCAAGGGGGCUGUUUCCCGACAUCUCUGAGUUGGUCCAGAGACCGCUCCGAACCGACGACGAUUUCAAGCGCGCGACCAGCGGGCCGAAUCUUGGGCCCUGCGCCGACGGUGAGCACGUCUUCGCGGACGGCUCAGGGCUCGAUCAAAACUGCCCGAGCCUGAGGGCAGCUGGCUGGUCCAUCAUCGUCUUCGACAAGCACCGCAAGCUGGUCGCCGAGGCGUCGGAGAGGCCCAAGGGCGCGGAGGUCAUCAAAGUCAGGGCCCACUUGGGGCCGCAGGCAGUCAGGGAAGGGCUGAUCACGCAGUUCGAGCUUGAUGACAACGCCUUGGCCGACGCCCGCGCUAAAGAAGGUGCCCCUGCAGUUGGAGCGGACAGCAGCGACGUCCACUGCAUCGGCGGCUGCCAGUUCAUCGCUCGCCUCGCGGCGAGGUAUGCGGCAGCGCAGGAGGUGCGCAUCGCAGGGUCGGGCCUCCGCGAUUCCAUGGGGGUCGAGGCCCUGGAGAUCGUUGACCUGUGCGAGUGGCCCGCCGAUCCUGCCGAG